CGCCGCAAAGCGAAAGUGCGGGGCCCCUUUGUCGUGUGGUACAUUCAUGCGGCUGGUUUCCCCCAUCACCGCCAAUUCUUCCCACCACGCGGCCAACUCCCCUUCUAGUCUAGCGCGAGCCGCGUUUCGCCUCAGUCUGUCGCGCGCCACGAACGGGUCAAGUUGUAUGUUUCGUGUGUAUCACAAGCGGUGGUGGUUGCUUUACGUACGUGCGUGUGUGUUUCGACAGUGCGCGCGUGCGUGCAUACAUCGUGUGCCUUUUACGGUGUCAUAGUGUAUACGUGUGUCUGAUACUAUCAUCGUGGUCUUUGCUUUCGAACGCUCGAACACAGCAACGGUGACAUCGAAGUAUGACAGCGACGCGGGAGUGUUACCCCAUACGCUUUUCACGCUUGAACGUCAGAACGUGGCUCGCGUGUCGACGGCCCAUCGAAGAGGAGCGAUUUCGACGAACACAUUUUUUCCUUCAGAACGUAUGCUCAGGCUGAUUGAAUUGAUGAACGACAGGAGAACGAGAGAAGAGGACGUCGUGGUCUCGAAGGAGGCAAUGACUUGGUUCUCUCUCGAUAGCCGGAGUCGGAGGAGUUAACGUGCGGCGUGCACGUUUCGAACUGAAGGGGGCCAGAAACGUGUACGAGGUCGGGCGAAAUCACGAAGCGAGGUUAACCUCCUCCGCCUUGCCGUGUCGUGUCCUCCCGUUUCAACCACGAAAACGAAACCAGCAGGGAGAAAAAAAAGAGGUGGAGCGAUACCGUGUGGCUCUCGUUGUGAAAGAGAGAAAACGAAAAGAAAAAGAAAAAAGGAAAAGUAGGAGUGACGGAAAAGGAAGAAAGAGAACGAAAGGGUAGAAUAAUAGGAUCGAAACGAGACAGAGCAAAGGGGGAGGGAAUGAACGGCCCUGGGAGUCAUCAGCAUCGCGGCUUGGGCAUGCAGGGACGUUAUAGGGCCGUAGUAACUGCUGGCACCCCGGCAGGGCCCCACUCUCGACCCCCAGCGCCCCCUCACGCCCGCGGUGGAUGGCACCCUCAUAAUCAGCACCCUCAGCACGCCCAGAUACCUCAGCAAUACACCGGCAACAAGGAAUACCCGUAUCGACAAUGUCCACCACCACGCUUCCAUAACGGGGAUUGUCCUGGCGUCGGUACGUCUUCCGGGCCAAACGGCAAGGAAGUUUCGUAUCACGGGAACGUAGGCGGGUCUAGUGUGGGGUACAAACCGCCCCCGCAGCACAGUCCGCAAUCAAGAGGUCCACCGGCUCAUUUUCCACAAGAGUCCGUGGGCCCACCGGCCAAUUCUCCACCGUUGCACAUUAACAUUUGCGGGCAAGAGAACGCAAUGCGUGGUCCAUUAUUGAACAUGAGUCCAGGUCUUGGAGCUAGCGGCGUCGAUAUGGAAUAUCGUAGGAGUUCUCAAGCGACAAACCAGCUACCUCUGAGUCCUGUACAAAUCCAGCCAUCGCCGCCAUAUUACAGACAGCCUAGUCAAGACGAUGGUAGAAAGAGUGAAUCUCCUUCGAGGAAGCGCCGUCGAAUAUCCCGCAACGGUGCCGUUUCUGGAAUAGAAGUUCGUGAAACUACGCCACCCUCGCCUACACCAUCAUUGCACACUACUCCGCCGCCAUGGGAGUUCUCAACGGCGCCCCAGAGGCGAUCACCUCGAAAUCACAUGUCGACACGCGGCAGUCCAACUAUCAGAAAUCGUUAUCAACGAUACACAGACUCGUUCGGCUUGUCUUACCCUUUCGUGCCCGGUCAUACCCCUCAUCCGCCCAUUCACAACUCCCACCAUGGGAUUCACAAUUCUCAUCAUAACAUUUCGCACCAUAAUAUGCAUAAUUCGCAUCAUAAUAUGCAUAACGCGCAUCAGACACAUCCCCAUCAUCCACCUGGUACGGGACACCAUCCCGCGCAAGGAGCAAACGGCCCUGUGGUCGUAGACGUCGGGCAAGUCGGUGUUUCCGGUUUGGGGGUUGCCGUUAGCGGAGAACCACUCUGGCAUCCUCAGGCGACAGGUUACAGGAUCCCAUGCCAGCUGCACGGCAUAUACACACCGACCGGAGCACACGCGUUCGCACACUCGUGUCAGGUUACCCACCAUCACAAUCACUAUUCAGCGGCUCAUCCGACCCACCCAGGCCACAGCCUGGUCGGUUCAAUAGUUGGCGCUGCAUCCAGAGGAUACCCAACACCAACCGGAGGUCCUGUAGCGGCUCUUCAUCACGCUCACGCGCCUCCUCCACCCGUCCAUACUACUCAUUACACUGCGCACCAUCAACUUUCCCAACAGCGAGAAGUUGAAUUAGAGUUAAUAGAAUCCCAUCAUCAUCAUAGAGUGGGAGCUACAGCCGGUGCCCCAUUACCAUUACCACACUCGUAUUCACCGCCAGCUCUAACUCAAGUUACCACUCCUACUCCUACUCCUAUAUUCUUAUCAGAAACGAGGAACAGUCAAUUGGAAAUGAUUCAAACCAGAACUCGGCGCACACCGUCCAACGUUCACACGCUCAGACGACCAAGGUCGAGUAGAUGGAGAGGUACGCCUCCGAUAGCACCGGCUACUUAUUCAGGAUUCCUGUUACACUUCUUCGCAAUGCUCAGCAAUCCACCAUUAUCUCCGUACAGUCAGGCGGAACUAUCUUCGCCAGACUCAGCGACCGAAAAUUACGAAGCACUGCUCUCUUUGGCGGAGAGACUAGGAGAAGCUAAGCCACGAGGACUGACUCGGGCUGAAGUGGAGCAGUUACCCUCGUAUAAAUUCAACGCGGAAACGCACCAAGGAGACCAAACUAACUGCGUGGUCUGCAUGUGCGACUUUGAGGCUCUGCAGUCACUGCGUGUUCUACCGUGCUCGCACGAAUUCCAUUCUAAAUGCAUCGACAAGUGGCUUAAAUCAAAUCGAACGUGUCCAAUAUGUCGCGGGGAUGCCGGAGAAUACUUCGGAAACAGCGGUACCGGUAGCGACUGACGCCAAGCCGCUCAAGUACACUAGCGCCAACUGUCAUGGAUCUCAGGGACGCUACUCGGCACAGAGCUUCCAGCGAUCACGUUGCUGGUUUGUGCAAAUUUCUGUUGACAAGCAUUUCUCGCCUUUUCUCUAACCGAGUCGUUAGUAUGUCACGGUUGAUCACCUCGAUUUUGCGAAGAGGAGAGGAUUGGGAAUGAAUGAAACACGGAAGACAAAAAAGAAAAAAAUAUAAGGGGGAUAAAAAAACAUAGUAAAAUUCAGGGUAUGUUGUCAGGGUGUUUGGUGUCAAGAAAUGGACCACACACACGCAAUAAAAGUACACGAUUUAAAAUUGCAGCAUGCAACAUUUUUACAAUGCGAAUUAACGUUUCUGCGUUUAUUCCAUUAUUUUUUCUUGAGAAUAGACAAGUCUGACAGGUUUGAGAAAGAGAGAGUGUAUAAUAACAAGUAAUGAGCAAAUCAAUCAAGAUUGAAAGCAAUGAAGGAAAUUUCGGAGAUUUGUUAAAAGCUAUCACGCAUUUCAGGUCAAGAUUAAAGUCUGACUUAAUGUAUUCGUUUUGUUUCAUCAAUGCGCUUCGAGUUUAAUCGUGUUUAAUGUUCGUUUGUUGUUUUUUUUCCUUUUCAUAUUAUUACUUUGUCAAAUUGUCAAGUUUAUUCUGUACAUAAUUACUUACGUAAUACGCAAAACUAUAAUCGCUACUUUCCAUUAACGUUCCAGUUUUUAUUACUAUCACGAGUACUGCUACUACUAUUAUUAUUAUUAUUAUUAUUAUUAUUAUUAUUAUUAUUAUUAUUAUUAUUAUUAUUAUUAUUAUUAUUAUCAUUAUUAUUAUCAUCAUUAUUAUUAUUAUCAUUAUUAUUAUUAUCAUUAUUAUUAUUAUUAUUAUUAUUAUUAUAGUGAUAGUUGUAUUUUUAAUCCUACGAAUUGUACAUAUAUACUCGCAUAAACGCGCUCCUAUCACAAUGAGACAUACACUACAGCCAAUUUGAUUUUGUAAGUAAUUUUUUUUUUGUAUUUUUUCUCUUUGGGCACAUAACCAAAUAUAGCGUGAACAUUUUUUUCUUUUCUUUUUCUCGCGGCAAACAAGUUAAGAUAUAUCAUUAUGUGGAGUAAACUGAUUAGAGGAAAGAAAAGAUUCGAUCUUUCUAACCUAUAUAUAUAUAUAUGCUUUACGUGUCUUUUUACGUAGAUCGGAUAAUCACUCUUUUGUCACGUCGAACUCGUAAGUGUUUUUCUAUAGCGACUAGGGAUUGUAGAUAAAAAAAAAAGAAAAUUUAUUAAAUUAUUUUGUCACAUGACGUAAAUAUUUUGUAAAUAAUCUGGCGAAACAUUCGAUGUUCGUUUUGAGGAACACAAAAGGUAGCAGAUCCGUUUUUCAUUGUACUCACUUCGUCGCGGAUCGUUUUCUUUCGCCCGAAAGAUAAGUUUCCCUAAUACUAUUACUGAUUCACAGGCUAUCGUAGAACGUAGAAUUAACGGGGGGAGGGGGAGGGAAAGAUAAAUGGAUAAAAUAUUGUUCGAGACGUGACUAAGAUUAAAGAAAAAGAAGAAAAGUCAGGCUCUUCAGCAAUAGUUUUCAUGCAAAAAAAGGAAAGAAAGCUGCGUAAAGAAGAUACAAAACUGAACAAAAAAAAAAAAAAGAUAAGAACACUGCUUCUGUUUCCUGUGUAUCUACCUCUAAAUAGAAGAAAUGAAACAAUUCAUAUUUUUUUAUACACACAUCUCAUAAACAAUAAACGUACGUACGCUAAGAAAACCAAAAAAAGAGAGAGAGAGAGAGAUAGAGGGAGGGAGACAGAGAAAGAAAAACCGCUGGAUAGAAGAAAAAGAGAAAAACGAGUUAACCGCGAUUUUUCGAAUUUCCACGAAUAUUAACCAUAACUAACUAAAUUAAAGAUUAAGAUUUACCUGGUAUAUAAAAAGAAAUAAGAUAACUUGUAUUUAGAAGUCUCUAACAGAAAAAAAGACAGAGUUUAUGAAUUAGAAUACUAUUGGAUUAGACACGUAUUUAAAAAUAAAUGAAAGAUUGAUUCGUUUUUGAAAAAAACGUACGUUCCCAAGGUUUUUCGUAAAGGGCUUUCAUAUUAAUCUCAACUGAGCGAUACCACGUGGAAAAAGAGCGCUUUUAUUAUCGGAAAAUUUGAAAUAAUCUUUCUUGUUAUUCAUGAGGCUCUUCAUACUUGCACAAGUAUGAUCAAUUAGCAAAUUUCUGUUGCGCUUUAUAGUUAAAUGAAAUUGUUAUGUAAAAAGUUUCUUACGCAAUUGCUAUAAUAAUCUAUAAUAAAAUUUACUUGUAAUCGA